AUGGUAGGCGUUUUCCGGCGUUCCCUUUCUUUUCCAAACAAAAAUCCUAACCGUCCAUCGCAGAAACCACCCAUAUCCCAUCACAUCAGGUCCAUCAGUCUUCCAUGCAGAUCUCACCCUUUGAUUUCGCAGAUCAAGGAUGAGAUCAACGACCUUACCAUAUGGGCUUCCAUUUCGAAGUCCCAUCUACAAACAUCCACAAACCUUUCUCAUGGGUUGACCCUUCUUAAAGACACACAUGAAACCCUUAGAGACAUCCUCCAGCUCCCUCAGACACGAGAAUCCUUCCGCUCCAAUCCUACCUGGGUCGAGAAGCUUCUAGAAGAUUUCCUCCGCUUCGUUGAAGCUUAUGGAAUGUUCCAAACAUCCAUCUUGGCUCUCAAGGAAGAGCAUUCUUCAGCUCAGAUGGCAACAAGGAAGCGAGACGAAUCCAAGGUGGUUGUGUACUUGAAGGCAAAGAAGAAAAUGGCCAAAGAAAUGGAGAAGCUCGUGUCUGGUGUUCGAUGUGUCACCCAACAACAUCAACAAUAUGGCAUGUUGCAGCAGGUUCCCGUGUCCUUGGCGUCCAAUAUUGAAGAUAAUGAACUGGGUCGUGUUAUUGCAGAUGUUAUGAGUGUAACGGUGUCCGUUUCAGUUGCUCUGUUCAAUGGGAUCGCGAUGUCGUUCUCGUCAAGAAGGUUGUCGACGUGGACGCAAAUGAUCAAGUUGUGUAGAAAAGGUAGGAGAGUGAACAAGGAACAUGAAGGCAUCGAAGAAUUUCAGGAGCAGGAAAGCCUGGGGAAUCUGAAAAAGAAGGGUGAUGAAGAGGUGAGGUCACUUUUGAAGAGAAUGCGGGAUUUGGAGGGAUGUAUUUGUGGCAUCGAAACUGUUAGCGAUAAAGUCUUCAGGGCUUUGAUCAAUUCCCGUGUUGCACUGCUCAACACUCUUACUCUUACGCAGUAG